CCCACAGCCCGCCCGCCCGCCGAGCAGCCGGGCUGGCGCGCUCGGUUUCUCCACGAAAGCCAGCAGUGUACCUAGGAAUUAACCGGCCGGCGCGGGAGGGGAGGGGAGCGGGAAGCGAAGCGGGGGGGAUGCUGAGCGCGCGAGAGAACAAUAAUAAGAUCGUGUUUGCGGUCGCUGCCCGAAGAGGAAUUCGGAGGAAGCGCGAGGCCCGGCGCUCGCGCCGCUCCUGGAGCCGAAGAAGGCCCGUGGCGGCAGCAUGAAGCAGGCGACGCGGCGCCUGUAAGCAGCGCGCGGCGGCGGCGGCAGCGGGAACCUCUGCGCGGCCGGACGCUGACGAGCGCCGAACGGCCGGGGGCUCCCCUCCCCCACUGUCGGGCGGUGAUUUGCCGGGCCUGCUGUGCCCCCCGCCCACCCUUCGCCUCAGCUGCCGCCUCGCCGCUUCCCAUCGUCGGAGCGGCCGCUCGCCAGCCCGCCCGUGAAGCUCGAGGCCCGUGGGGAGCGCGGCGCAGGCCGUCGGCCCGCGGAGGGUCGGCCUCCCGGCAUCUUCGGCGGCGACCAAGGACGACCAGGAAGGGGAGCGGCCGGGAUGGCGCGUCCGCGGCCCCGCGAGUACAAGGCGGGCGACCUGGUCUUCGCCAAGAUGAAAGGCUACCCGCACUGGCCGGCCCGGAUUGAUGAACUCCCAGAAGGAGCUGUGAAGCCUCCAGCAAACAAGUAUCCCAUCUUCUUUUUUGGCACCCAUGAAACUGCAUUUCUAGGUCCCAAAGACCUUUUCCCAUAUAAGGAAUACAAAGACAAGUUUGGAAAAUCAAACAAAAGGAAAGGAUUUAAUGAAGGAUUGUGGGAAAUAGAAAAUAACCCAGGAGUAAAGUUUACUGGAUACCAGGCAAUUCAACAACAGAGCUCUUCAGAAACUGAGGGAGAAGGUGGAAAUACUGCAGAUGCAAGCAGUGAGGAAGAAGGUGAUAGAGUAGAAGAAGAUGGAAAAGGCAAAAGAAAGAAUGAAAAAGCAGGCUCAAAACGGAAAAAAUCAUACACUUCAAAGAAAUCCUCUAAACAGUCCCGGAAAUCUCCAGGAGAUGAAGAUGAUAAGGACUGCAAAGAAGAAGAAAACAAAAGCAGCUCUGAGGGUGGAGAUGCCGGCAAUGACACAAGAAAUACAACUUCAGACUUGCAAAAAACCAGUGAAGGGACCUAACUACCACAGAGAAUGCUGCAUAUUAAGAGAAACCACAAGAAAGUUAUACGUUUGGUUGUCUAAUAUUCUUGGAUUUGAUACGAACCAACACAUAGUCAUUGUUGUCAUUGACAGACACCAGUUUGUAUGUACAUUAUUCACAUUCCUCUCUGUUGUGUUUAGAAAAAAAAGACAUUUUAGCCUUUUUUAAGGUUACUGAUUUAAUUUAAUGUUACUUGGUUGCAUGAAGUUGCCCUUAACCACUAAAGAUAAUGAAGAUUUUUGCACAGAUUUAUACAUGUCUAGGAUCCUUUUAUUAAGGCAGUUAUGCUCAUCAUUCUCCUGCCUUUACCCCACCAUCACCAAACAGUUCAGUAUAAAUUAGCAUUUUUUAAAUCAUCACUCAGUGCUUAAGGAUGGGAUUUCCUCUCUUUGACAGAACCAACCCAGGAAUUAAUUUCUAGAUGCAUAAUGGUGGUAUAUUGAAGAUGAAAUUAAAAUUGUCCUUCAGUUUUGAGGCCAUGUAUGUGUAAAGUUUAACCAUAUUGUAAAAUAUCUAUUCUGUAUUAGAAAUAGCUAGUUGAGAGCUUAUACUUCUCAAAACUCAUGUUGUUACGUACACAAACUCAGUUUCUGUAUGUGAAGUUAGUGAGUCUUUGUGUUACUCCAAAAUAAAGGCAGUGAUUUAUUUUUUCCCAAUGCCAAUACAAUUUGAGCUAAUAACUCAAGGUGGGUACUUUACAUUUUAAAGCUGGAAUCAGCAGCAGCCCUAUGGGAAACCAACAAAGCAUUGACUUUUAAAUAUAAAUUUUUAAAAGGAACUGUUUUCUUUUGGACCUAGAGUUAGAAUAGUUACUGUUCAUUCCACAAACCAUUAUUAUGUGUACAUUAUUGUUGCUAUUGUGAUAAUAGAGAAUUUUAUUUAUUUUUAUGCCAACUUAAUUGUGAGAACACAUUUAGUCAGUUUGGGUUUUAUCAAUCCUGUUAUGCUUGUCCUUGGAACAUCUUUCGCGUAUUCGAGGUUUGUAGUUGAAAGUUUACUGUAAAAAAAAAAUCAAAAUCAAAAAAAUGUAUUGUUUUUACAGAAUAAAUUUAUUGGAAUGUGUACUGAGAGUAAGAUUUGAGAUUGUGAGCAACCAAGUUAGUGUAAUUUGGCUUCAUAUAUGUAAUAAUGUGAGGUAUUAAUGUAAUUCAUAUAUUAAAGCAAAAGUUGUUAACAGCAAGUUGACAA